GACAGCUGAGCCACGGACUAAUAACUUGACAAUCUGCAAAGGCUGGAAAUCCAAAGUGCUUUCCAAACGUCAUCAUCAGCCGUCCACCGAGCACCAACGACAACUCAAUCGCGGUCAAAAUGCCUGAAAUUGCCGAAGUUGCAAGAGUCGUUCAUUUUCUUCGCCAACAUCUUGUUGGCAAGAAAGUUCGGAUGGCCAUUGCGCAAGAAGACAGCAGCGUAUUCGGCAAGGUUGGCACUACCGGCCCCGAGGUAGCGGCCGCGCUCAUGGGGAAGAAGGUUGUCUCUGCAGGGAGUCAGGGCAAAUACUUCUGGCUUGUCCUUGAGAAGCCCCCACAUCUUGUGAUGCACCUGGGAAUGACAGGAUGGGUACAUUUGCGGGGCAUAAAAAGCGCCUACACGAACUACUAUAAAAAGAUGAAGCCCGGCGAGGAGGAUCAGUGGCCUCCAAAAUACGCCAAGCUACAGCUGGAGACAGAGGGUCCAAAUAAGGUUGAGGUCGCCUACACAGACCCCCGGCGAUUCGGCCGGAUCCGCCUCGUCGACUGCCCCGGGGACGAGAUCCGGAAGCACACGCCGCUGGUCGAGAACGGACCGGACCCCGUCGUGGACGCCGACGUCUUCACGCGCGAGUACUUUGCGGCCAAGAUGACGGCGCGCCGGGUCCCCAUCAAGGCCCUCCUGCUCGACCAGACGGUGAUCAGCGGGAUCGGCAACUGGGUGGGCGACGAGGUCCUCUUCCAGGCCCGGCUGCACCCGGAGCGCUACUCCAACGAGUGUAGCGAGGCCGAGGUGGGGCGGCUGUACGACGCCGUCCGCGACGUGUGCCGCACCGCCGUCGACGAGCUGGGCGACUCGGACGAGUUCCCGGCGCACUGGCUCUUCAACUACCGCUGGGGCAAGGGCGGCAAGCCCAGCCGGCUGCCCGACGGCGAGCCGCUCGCCUUCGUUACUGUGGGGGGCCGCACGAGCUGCUUCGCGCCCGCUCUACAGAAGAAUAAGGGGGCCCUCCCGCGGGGUGCGAAAGUUAUCAAGGAGGAAAGCGAGGAGGUCGAAAAGAAGGAGGAGAUUAAGGCCAAAGAGCAGCAGGGAUCAGAUAAAGAUGAGGAGCCGCCGGCUUCCAAGAGGAGACGGGUUGCAAAGGAUGCCAAGGCAAAACCGGUCGCUUCGAAAGGAAGUCGACAGUCAAGUUCGAAGCGUCCAGAGAAAAAAGAGGUGAAGGAGGAGCCAGGGGUAGAGGCCGCGGCGGAAGACUCUGGAAAGAGGAGAUCCGGGAGGCUUCGGGGGAUAGCGAACGGGAAGCCGACGAACUGAAUGCGGUGGUGCGUGGUAGUUAUAGGAGGACUACGCAUAGUAAACGAUGCUUGUUGCGGUAGGCUUGAUGGCGGGGUGGGCGAUUUACUUUAUUCAAUCUCCCUAAUACCUGCCCCUCGCCUCCGUACUCGGAAAUCACAAUAGACACAUUUCUUUAGAUUCCCAGCACUAAUUCUAUCACGCGUGAGAGUGCUCAAAACCGAGAGUUGUUUGU